AUGAGGGCUGUGAAGCGGUUCGGUGUUCAGGGAAAGUUCAGUCCCCAAUACAUUGGGUCGUAUGAGGUGUUGGAGCGGAUUGGAGCGGUAGCCUACCGGCUUGCAUUGCCGCCUAAGCUCGCGGAGGUUCACAAUGUGUUUCACGUUUCCAACCUUCGCAAGUAUAUCUAUGACCCCAAACAUGCUUUGUUGUAUGAGCCACCGGAACUUCAAGAAGACAUGAGCUAUGAGAAGUUUUCGGUGUUGAUUAUUGCUCGAGAAGUGCGGAAGUUGAGAAACCGCGAGAUUCCUUACGUCAAAGUUUGGUGGAGCAAUCACGACGAUCGCGAAACCACGUGGGAACUUGAGGACGUGAUGAAGGAGCACCAUCCUCAUCUCUUCGAGGAGUUGAGUUGA